CCGUCAUCACCUUCAACUGUCAACCUGUCAUUCUUGUUUUUUUUGAGCCGGACGGAGCCAAGAGGAGAGAACUAGAGAAGUAGAAAUUUAAUAAAGUAAGCAAUACAAUACCACCAAGAUUUUCCAAGAAAUCAUGGAUCAACUGCAGCUAGUAUCAUCUAACAAAAUAUGUGGGGGUUUUCAAAAAGUGUACUCUCAUGAAUCCUCUGAGUUAAAAUGCAAAAUGAAUUUCUCCAUAUAUUUCCCCCCACAAGCUGAGGGUGGGGACAGCAAGCUUCCUGUGGUCUUCUACCUCUCCGGCCUCACAUGCACAGAGCAAAACUUCAUCUCCAAAUCAGGCUUUCAAAGGUAUGCUGCUGAACAUGGAAUAAUAGUGGUGGGACCCGACACAUCCCCAAGGGGAGUGAAGAUAGAAGGUGAUGAUGAGUCAUGGGACUUCGGUGUCUCUGCUGGCUUCUACCUGGAUGCUGCCAAGGAGCCCUGGUCGAAGCACUACCGCAUGGGAAGCUACUUGAACAAGGAACUCUAUGAUUUAGUCCUGCAAGCCUUCAGUAGUGUAGUUGACCCCAACAGGAUUGGCAUCAUGGGCCACAGUAUGGGUGGUCAUGGUGCUCUAGUAUCAACUCUAAGGAACCCUGGCCUGUACAAGUCAGUUAGUGCAUUUGCCCCAAUCUGCAACCCCUGUGCGUGCCCAUGGGGGGAGAAGGCCUUCACCGGCUACCUUGGUGAUGACAAGAGCAAGUGGGCCGAAUGGGAUGCCACUGAACUGGUGAAACAUUAUGAUGGACCACCACUUACAUUGUUGAUUGACCAGGGUGGUGCGGACAAGUUCUACACGGACAAGCAGCUGCUGCCCGAGAACCUGGUGGCGGCGUGUCGCUCCGCCGGCGUGCCCGUCAUCCUCAACCUGCGCGAGGGCUAUGACCACUCCUACUACUACAUCGCCACCUACAUCGGGGAGCACUUCGACUUCCACGCCAAAAUACUCAAAGCUUAACAAUAACAUCUCGGGUCUGGUAAUGAAUGAAUAAAUUUGUAUAUUUUUGUAAAUAAAAAAAGGGAAUUGAACAACUAAA